AUGACGUCCAACGUUCUCCCGCUCUUUUGGAACCUCGCCUCGUCCUCCAAGGACACCCGGCUCCAGGCUUCGGCCGACCUCGUGGCGAACCUCGAGUCGUUCCAGCGGGAUUUCGUCGCUGGCCGAGGAGACGUCGGCUCGGAUGGCGAAGACGAUGAGGAUGUAGACAUGGCGAAUGGCGGUGACGAAGAGGAUGAGGAGGAGGCCGACGAUGAUGCCGAGUCAGGCGUAGAAGUGGAUGGAAGCGACGAUGAGAUGGACGGGGAUGUUGACGAGGAUGCGGCGGUCUUAGAUGCUACUUUGGCCAAGGACAAUGCGGAGGACGUGGCGUAUACCGUCAAGCGGCUAGUCAGGGGUCUGGCGAGCUCGAGGGAGAGCAGUAGACUGGGGUUUGCGGUGGCCUUGACUGAGCUCUUGUCCCGGAUACAAAGCGUCUCGGCUUCGCAAGUCUUCUCCCUCAUCCUCCGGAACUCGCAGACCAACAAGGGCAUGAAGGGGACGGAUGAGCGGGACGGACUCUUCGCUCGUCUUUUCGGUCUUCUGGCUCUGAUCGAAUCCGGAUGCCUGUUUGCUUCGCUGCAACAGAACAAGUCGGCCAAGGAGGGCGCAGAGGUCGUAGGGCGUGUCAUGGCCUGCCUGGUUGAGCUAGGCGGAAAGAAGGGCUGGCUGAGAGAAAGUGCGUGGUGGGGUGUUCUCAAAGCACUGGAGGGGGCUAUUGCGCUGCCAGAGGGGGAGGGUCGGAAGAUGGCCCUGGAAAAGGUGUACGAAGUGGUCAGGGCGGAGAAUGUCUUCAGCCAGGAGAAGCUCGCGCUGGUUUUGCUGCUGGAGAAGGAGGGCCUUGCCGCGGACGCAAAGAGCAUAUCAAGCGCUGCUUUCAAGCACACCCCCGUCCUAUCUAGCCAGAAUCUUGUUUCUCUGGCCCGUGUACUGAAGGGCUCCGAUGUCUCUGACGAUGAUGAAGCUGGCAAUGCGGUCUCAAGCGGAAGCUGGAAGCCACAGCUCCACUUUGUCUGGACGUCCCUCCUCGAUGCGCUGCUCUCCAACUCCACCUCGUCUCAAGCGAGCUUUCCCGAGUUCUUCCGCGUGGUCGUGGAUGAAUCCUUAUUUGCCAACACCUCCUCACCUCAGCGCCGGUACUGGGGUUUCCAGAUCUUCAUCUCCGCCCUUCCCCGCGUCCCCGCCGAACAAAUGCCUCAACUUUUCUCCCCAAACUUCAUGCGAUGCUGGAUCAACAAUCUCGCCUCGUCCGACCGAUACCUCAACAAGGCGGCCCAGCAGACCGCCAAGGUCGUACAGGAGGUUGUCAAGGCGCACCCGAAAGUCGGAGUCGCGCUCCUUUCGAGACUGGUGGGCAAGAAUGGGCGGAUGGACUUUGAUAAGGCGACCAAGACCAAGACGGUCGAGGGGAUCUUGGGCAAUCUGGAUGCGAAGGGCGUCAUGGAGUAUGUGCGGUAUUUGCAGGGAUUGGUCCUGACAAGUAGUGACGUCAAUGGUCUGGACGACCGGAGACGGUGGGCUAUCGACCAAAUGGUAUCGCUUUGCCGAAACUCGUCCGUCCCCAAGGACGACGAAUGGGUCACCUCGGUUGUCGACUUUUUGGCGGUGCAUGGUUUCUACACAAUCAAGAAGGCCAACAAGAAGUCCAAUAUCUCAGCGGUACAAUCGAUCCCCAAGCCGCCCAUGCCAGAGCCGACCGCCCAGAUUUGCAGGGAUCGAUUUUUCUCCGCCAUCGUCGAACUCACCACCGCCGCCCUGCCUCGUGGUACCGCCGAGACUCCAUCGACCCGGCAACAAGGCUGCGAUGCUUCCGGCAAGCUCUGGCUCCUCCGUGCCAUCGAGGUCUUCGCGACCCUCAGCGGGGACGGCAAGCACCUCCAGCCGGCCAUCGAGGCGGACGAGGAGAUCCUGCAGGCGAGACAUCAGGGUCUCGACACGCUCGAGAAGCUCAAGGGUGUCAAGAAGGGGUCAGAGGAGGUGGUCAGGGGUGUCCAGAUUCUGUUGGCGUAUACCGUGUUGCAGACGUAUGACGACAAGGAGGACAUGCUCGAAAUGCUUGAGGAUGUCAAUACUGCCGCUGAACGCAUGUUCAGCCUUGGCCCCUCCCAGCCGUCAUCUUCCUCCGCCACCGACCCGGAACCGAUCGAUAUGCUCCUCGACACCCUGAUUGCUCUGCUCGACAAGGGGUCUUCGGACCUGAAGAAUCUGGCAUCUAUGGUUGUUGGACUGGUCGCACCGGCUUUCACACGGUCGAGUAUCGAACAUCUCGUCGCACAACUCGAGGCAGCACCGUCUGUCGAAGGUGGUGUCAUGGACGCGAACGAGGUCGAUCCCGAUGAUGAGGAGGGUUCCGACGCGGAGGGUGAUGAUGAUGAAGCAGACGACGACGAGAACGAGGACGACGAGGAUGAGGAGAGCUCCGCAGAUGAGGUGGAGGACGACGACGAGGAACUUCCGCCCGUCGAUCCUGCGUUCCGGCGCAAGGUUGCAGCUGCGCUCAAGUCUGCCGGCGUGGGCAUAGACGAAGAUGCCGAGGAGGAGGACGAGGAUGAUGCGGAUGAGGUGGAUUCCGACGUCUGGGAUGAUGAGCAGAUGGACAAGGUGGACGAGCAGCUUGCGGCUGUGUUCAAGGAACGAGCCACCACAGAUAAGAAGACGAGCUCGAAGCGUCUCCUCAUGGAGUCGUUGCAUUUCAAGACCCGCAUUCUCGACCUCUUUGACACCUUUAUCCGCAAACAAUCCGCAAAUCCCCUGGCCCUCGACACCCUUCUCCCCCUCCUCCGCCUCACACGUAAUACCACACCUACCGAGGCCGAUCUCGCCAGCAAGGCGAGCGCGCUCCUUCGCUCCCGGAUUGGCAAAUCCAAAGACGUCCCAUCUACCGUUGACCUCACACACGCCACUGCCCUCCUGACUGAGAUCCACGAGACCGCUCGCAAAGCUUCAUCGGCGGACUACUCGGCCCUCUGCUCGGCGUGCAGCAUAUUCAUUGCGCGGUCUAUCGAGGCGACCGACCCUACGUCCACCGCCGGGACCGACGCAUACCGCGCCACUCUGGACGAGUUCAUGUCUCGCAAAUCCUCCCUCGUCCACCCCUCUUUCCUCCUCGACUAUAUCCGCCGAUUCCCGCUCGUCGCUUGGCCCCUACACGCCGACCUCGUCAAAUACAUUGCACCCGGAAAGGGCGUCAACGCAUUCAGGCAGACGCAGGCAUACGGCAUGCUUCAGGUAUUCAGCCAGCACCUUGCGGCAAUCGCCAAAUCCCCCUCGGUGCCAUCGGAGCAGGUCCAGAGUUUCAUCUCGUCUGCAAGACAAGAGGUGUACGCGACAUUUUCAGCUGCGGCCUCGGCGGAGAAUGCGACCGAGUGGAAGGCGGACAGAUUGAAGGAUGUGGCCAAGUUUGGGUUGCACCUGGCGCGGUCGACCAAGGGGGUCUUCCCAGACCAGCUGGAAAGCCUGUGGGAGCCCAAGGCGCUUGUAGGGGUCGAGGAGGAGUUGAAGGCGGGCGCAAGGACGAAGGAGAUGAAGGGUGUGCUGGGGCUGGUUGUUCAGCUCAAGGCGGUCUUGGGUGGUGCGCAGGCCAAGGCAGAUAAGAAGGCCAAGGGCAAGGCGGAGAAGGCGGAAGAGCCUGUUGCCGUGCCGAAUGGGAAGGCGGGGAAGGACGGAAGAAAGCGCAAGUCGGUCAAUGGGGUGCAUGAGCCCAAGGCGGAGGGUGAGAAGAAGGAGAAGAAGGUAAAGAAGGCCAAAAAGGUCAAGGUGGCCGAAUAG